UGAGUUCUCAGAUAUUGAGAUUGUGUUAUGUUUGCAAUAUCCCUCUUCUUAGCCCUCACGUCACCAGGAAUUAUAGCUGGUGUAGGCGGGGGAGUUUGUCGUGUCCGGCAUCUUGACACUCCCGUCGCAGCAAGAGACGGAGACUACAUCAUCGGAGGAAUGUUCCAGAUAGGUCGUCUCGAGUACACAAGUGGUUAUAAUGGCACUCUAGUUCAGCAUUGCUCUCACAAGGGGAUGAAAGAGUAUAACAUCCAAAAGGCCAUCGUGCUCAGAAUGGUGAUUGACAAAGAAAAUGAAAGAUUUAAGAGAGAUUUCAACAAGACCUUGGGAUACGAGAUGUAUGAUAGCUGCAUGAGUUCAGCUGUAACAGCGAGAGCCUCCACUGCACUUGCUCGCAACAAAAAGUUGGUGGGAGUUUCUGGGGUUGACAUGAACUCGUAUAUCAAAAGAUCUGCUGCUAUCACGACGUCAUUCAAUACUCCCACAUUCGUCUACAUGGUCAAUGAUGGUGAGUUGAUGUCUCAAAGCCAAUAUCCAAAUCUAUUUUCCAUGAUCGACACAGAAAUAAACGAAGCUGAAAUAACCAUACGAUUCCUUGAAAAGAUGGGUUAUAAGCACAUGGAUAUAUGGUACCAUAAAUUUUCGAAAGAUAUGGCCGAGCACAUAUACAACAGCUACGUCAAGAAAGUAGGAUGUGGACGAGUAGCUGAUGUCACAUACCAAUCUCACAUACCUAGGAUAAAAGAAACCUACAAUAAAACAGGUGGAACUCCUUCACGGGUUCAACUCAUUCUACAAAAUUCAGGAUCAACAACCAGAGCGAUGCUAGAGGAGAUGGUCGGUAAUCUAGGAUUCCGAGAUAAGAUCUACAUACUCGGAUUAUCAAACGGACGAUACAGUAACCUGGACGACUAUGCAAAAAUCCUAAAUACCUCUGGACACAACACCCUCAUACUUCCACUACCAGAUCUCCUCAAUGUUAAACUGGAUCAAACAUUAAAAGAUUUAAACAAAGACUGGAGACAGGUUAAGAAGAGAGACUACAUCGACGACAUCUAUCAGAAUGUACAAAGUUACAGAUGUCCAAAAGAUCGAGAUGAGCCAAAGAUGUGCAAACUGACCAGCUGGAUUCCUUACAUGGUCGGAGGAGUUAAGCUGGUUUUAGAAUCUCUCCACGCCAUUCUUACAAAUGUGGGAGUACCUGUAUUACCUACCGGCACUCAAUGUUUAAUGGACUACAAAAAUAAGCUGUUCAACGAAAUUGUGAAUGAGAAUCGAACGUUGAAUGUUACUCUGGAAGAGAAUGUAACAAUACCCAUCAAGAUGUUCAACAAGACAAUCAAUACUGGCUACGGGAUUGGGGUCUACAAAACUGAGACACAAACUUUCAGGACUCUAGGAAGGGCAUUCGUUGACCGAAUAGAAGUAACCAACAAAAGUCUUCUGGAAAGCAUAUCAGGCUACAACAAAACGUGUUCACAUACCUGCCAGCCAGGCACCCAUAGACUUUUUGACGAGAAUAUUCAAUACCUGCCCUGCUGUUGGACCUGUGAACCUUGCAAGCUAAACCAAUUUAGCUCCGAAACUGACACCGACAUGUGCAUAUCAUGUGAUCACUCUAUGAAAUCCACUGAAAACCACACUGCUUGUGUCUUGACCCCAGAAAUCUACAUCCGACAAGAUUCAACGUUUUUCAUCGUGGGAGCCUCCUGCAUACCGUUUGGUAUGGCAAUGGUCAUAAUCGUCGGUCUUAUUAUCUUUAGAAACAAGGACAGCCCAAUUAUCAAAGCUUCUGAACCAGGCUAUCUCUACAUGAUCUUACUAUGCUUGCUGAUCGGAUAUCCUACGUCGUUCACUCCUCUUCUCAAACCCUCGAACAUUACUUGCUCGGUGGAAUAUUACUCCUUUGCAAUUUAUGCUACAUUGAUCUCAGCCAACCUGCUCUAUAAGUGCGUUAAAGUCUACGACAUUUUCGCUGUCAAACAAGAUUUUAAGCCACCAAAGUUAGUUUUGCUCAUAAAAAGAGCAGGUCAAAUCUUCUUCAACUUGCUUAGUCUGGGAAUUACAGCUACCAUCCUCCUUAUUGAUCGCUACACCGGAGAUGGCCGGCCUAGCUGGGCAUUUAAAAGAUACCAGGAAAUGCCUCACAGACCCUGGUAUCUCAUGUGUACCAUCAUCGACAACCAGAUCAUGAUAAUCUCAUUGGUUGUUCCAAGUCUAUCGCUCCUCAUAACCAUGGUCAUGACCUUCAAGAUGAGGAAACUUGAUCACAACUUUAAAGAAUCCCUCAACAUCUUUUGUGCCACAUUUGUGGUGAUGUUGUGCUCCAUCAUGUUUCUUUCAAGCUACAGUUUCUCUCCACCAGAGGUUCGAGCUAUCCUGCGGGCUGUAGUGAUCUUCAUGAAUUCAACAUUCUUUCUCUUCGGCAUCUACAUACCAAAGAUCCUCAACCUCUGGCUCUAAUUGACGAGGAAGAAGCAAAGAUUUGUAAGCGAGAAACGAAGUUUUCAACUAUGACUGGACUGGCCAAUGUUAAAAAGUGUAUUAUCACAGAGACUGAAAGUGACCCUACCUAGCCUUAACACAAAUUCAAAAAGAGAGUACAGGUGUGCGGGUAUUGGACUCAUAAAUACGUUGUUUUAGUAGUAUGUAGAGCUCAAGAAAGGGAAAUUUUACGCUUUUUUACACUUAACAAAAUUGUCUUCUAAAAAUCUUCUUUUUUCCUAUUAUUUUUCAAUCAGUCUUCACUUAAAUUAGUACAUUCCCAAAGGUAAAACAUACCUUUGGUGAGAAAAGACUGUAAUUUUUUACACGAUUUAAGGCGUUUUUUAAGCUAUUUUAGGCUAUUUUCUCAUUUCAAAGAUGUCUGAUGUUUGACUCGUACAUAGUUUUGGUUGUAAAAUUGUACAUUCAUGAUUCAUGAAGGUUAAACCUCA